AUGAGGUUUAUACAGUUAAUACUCUGUAUCGCAUUUAUUUGUGGUAUUAAUGGCUCCUCUGAAUAUGAAGCCGCUAUGGAUGAAAUUGAAAUGGCCAAUCAAGGUGAACAUUAUGAUCAAGUCUACAUUAAGUUAACAGAGGAGCAACGCGCCACCUUCAAAUCUAUGAACAGCAAAAGUCGAAACAAAAGAUCAUUAUAUGAUAAAUUAUACGACGUUAGAUGGCCUGAAGCUGUAGUUCCCGUUUCCUUUAGUUCCGAUUUUGAUGAGGCAAAAAAAGCAACAAUAAACAAAGCCAUGAGGACGAUUGAGAAUGUAUCUUGUGUUCGAUUUAGCGAAUACACAACAGAUCUUCCUCCACGCGACCAUGUAUAUAUCUAUAAAGAGACAGGUUGCUGGUCAUACGUUGGUCGUGCUUAUGGACGCCAAGAAUUGUCGUUGGGUCCUGGUUGUGACCAUGUACGUACAGCCAUUAUAUUGCUUUUACAUACUCUUGGCUUUUUUAACGAACAUUCAAGACCAGAUAGAGAUCAAUAUGUCACCAUUAACACAGAGAAUAUUAGACCAGGAUAUGAAGAUAACUUUAGCAUCUCUGAAUUGUCUUACAAAGACGGAUUGGGUAUUGAAUACGAUCCUGAAUCCAUUAUGCACUAUGGAAGAUUCACCUUGUCAAAGCAACCACGGAGUUUGCCAACUAUUGAGUGGAAAUCCAAUCCAAAUCGACCGUUAGGAGGAAGGAAAAUGACUGCAUCAGAUAUUCUUCAAUUGAAUCUCUAUUACGAAUGUAAAGGUUAUACGAAUACAACACACCCAACCACUACCACUACCACAACGACAACUACACGUCCAACGACGACAACAACAACGACAACUCGUCCAACGACUACCACAACGAAAACUACACGUCCAACGACGACAACAACAAAGUCAAGUACAAAGUGCGAACGAAAAUACUACUUGUUUUAUUGUUUGGGUCCUACCAUUCUGUUGUAUUUGAUUCGUAACCAUGUUAAAUGCAAGCUGUUCAGGGACAGUCUACUUGCAAACUCAAACAUGGUUUUGUCAAUGUCACAUUUUGUUAGUACUUCAGGUGGUAUGGAAUCAGAAGCUGCUGCUUUUUCUUCAGUUGUCUUCUUCUUAUCUACUCGAUAUUCGUACAUAUCAAACGGUCCUAAUCUUAACGGCAGGAGUGAUGUCUUUGUUUUUAUGAUCGCCCAAGAAGAGAUUUAA